AUGAAGCGCCUCUUCAUUUUCGUGAUUCUUUCAGCGGCUUUCCUGGCAAUCGGCGAGCCCGCUGGGGAACCAGGGUACAGAAACAACAAACUCACCGACACUCCAUACCAGAGGCAUUUGAGAGCCACGAGAGCGACGGACAACGACGCUGCCGCUGAAGAGAGAAGGCUCCAGACAAGUUUGUAUGGCAAGCUGGGUAAGGCUGCGACGAAGUUGCUCAUGCCCGAAAAAGUGAAGUUUGUGAUCUGGAGGAAGGCGGGUUGGGAUUACAACAUUCUCAAACAACAACUGUUCAAGGGAGUACCGAAGGAAGUUUACGAGAAGGACCCUAGGUUUGAAAAGGUCUUGCUCAGGUUUGGCGCAUACAUGAGGUCGGUAUAAUGGUUACCAGAUUUAGGUCGUAGCUAAUCACGCCUUUUAUCUUCCCUCUGCGAAAGCGAUGCUUGAAUUUCUUAAUUGAGCGUGGUCAUAG